UGUUUAAGUGGACUGGACUGCACACGGUGGCUGAAGUGACAGCGACUGAUUUAUCGAGCUGCACAAUGUCGAAUCCGAUUGCUCUCUAUGAUUCCAGCCCGGCAAGAAUUACGUUGAGCUCGCUUAACGGUACUCGGUACUUCAUCUGCACUGAGGAUAAUCACUGCAGCGUUUUAGGACAGAAGGUGGCCAUUACAAUGGGAGGAACAGGUCAAUCUGAUAACAGUGAUGAUGAUGACUGGUGGAGAUGGAACAGUGCUUCGUCUCUAACCAUUGGCACUGCCUUGUCUGCAGUCAUCUCUACCGUAGUCAUAUUUUUCUUGAACUAUAUUUAA